AUGGCCCAGCCCUCUGCCCUGUUUUCCAUGCACUUCAUGUGUCAUUGUUGUGGUCAUCCCUUGAGACCCAGGGAGCCCACAGAGACGCCCGAAGCAGCCCCAGGGCAUGGCAGUUUGUCCACCAAAGCCAGUGAUCGCCGAGAGCUCCGGGCCAGCGCCUCCAGUGGAGGCCUGGCUGGCCAGGGUGGAGAAUCCAGGGCCAGUGCUAGCCAGUUCACCCUGCUUGGGAAUGCUGUGUCCCUCAGAACUCUGAGCAGCAUCCAGAAGACCCUGAUAGAUAUUUUUGCCAUCCUCUCAGGCAAAAAAGCGGUAGAACACCCUCUCUGCGAGGAGUGUACUGACCAUCUUUUGGAGCAACUGGAUACUCAGCUCUCGCAGGCGAAGCUGGACUGGCAGGCUUACAGGCGUGCCCUGGAGAUGGAGUUGCUAGUGGAUCCGGAGGAGAGGAGGGCUCUGAACACCUGGCUUUGGGCAGAGUUGCAGGAGCUCGAGCGGGCGGAGGCCCUGCUGAUGGAGGAGCUCGCGGACGCCGAGCAGGCCUGGGCCCAAGCGGCCCACGACUUCCAGGAGUCCCAGGCAGAGACGGCCGAGCUGCACCAGCAGGCCGCGCAGUACCAGAAGGAAUACUGGGCCCUGGAGUGGCAACGGCUCGAACUGACGGACCAGCUGAGCAGUGUGGAGAACCAGCUGCUGUACGCCCGGGGCCAGCUGGACAAGCUGAGCACAAGCAGCAUCUUCGAUUUCACCUUCCAGAUCUGGGAGGAGGGCCCCCUGGGCAUCAUCAAUAACUUCAGACUGGGCUACUUGCCCCGCGUCCCCGUGAGCUGGACGGAGAUCAACGCUGCCUGGGGACAGGCAGCCUUGCUGCUCCUCGCCCUCGCCAAUACCAUUGGACUUAAGUUUCGGAGGUACCAACUUGUCGCCGGUGGAAACCAUUCCUAUCUGAAGUCGUUGACGGGUGACUGUGUCCGCCUGCCCUUGUUCUCCGAUGGGAAGCAGAAUGUCUUCUUGGAAAACACAUUUGAUCGCGCCAUGCUGGCUUUCCUGGAUUGCAUGCAACAGUUCAAGGAAGAGGUAGAGAAGGGCAAGGAGGGCCUCUACCUUCCCUACAGCAUGCACCCGGAGCUGGGCACGCUAGAGGAUGCCAAGGGCAGCGGGGAUUGGUACUCGAUCCGGACUCAUCUCAACACUGUGGAAGAGUGGACACGGGCUCUCAAACUCCUGCUUGCCAAUUUAAAGUGGAGUCUUGCUUGGGCCUCAGAAAGGUACAGUCAAAAAUAG